AUGGCUGGUUUGAACGUCUCCAUAGCCUUUUUCUUCUCCAUUGUCGCCCUUUGUGAAGUGACCAGGAGGCUCUCCAAGAGAAUUUUUCCACCUAAGCUGUACUCAUGCUUUGCUAGUGAACUGGCCAGCUCAUUCCAGCUGUGUGCUUGCUGCCUGGAGCUAAAGAUGCUUGUGGAGAUUGGUCCAUGGGGUGGUGGCUUUGGCCCAGAUGUGAGCUUCACACUCCUCUUCCUUCUCUUCUUGGUUCAUGGUGCUUCUUUUGAUGGAGCUUCUGCCAACCCUGCCGUCUCCCUCCAGGAAUUUUUAGCUUUGGAUUCUCCUUUUGUGGCCACAGUUGCCAAGCUCUUGGUCCAGUUUAUGGGGAUGAUAGCAGCUGGUGCCUUGACCAAGCUAUAUUGGUCCAGGGAACUGACAGACUUCCACAUGAUUCAAAACUUACUGGCCCAAGACUGCAGCUCAUCGCUCAACACAUCUGUCUCCCAUGGCAUCUUUGUGGAGGCCACAUGCUCAUUUUUUUUCAACAUAGCGAUUCUCAAGUUCCGAUCCAUUUCUCCCAUGUACAGAGCCCCUGUCAUUGCACUCACUGUUACUGCCUUGGCCUACACAGGUAAGGAUUCAAAGCUAGUCUCCUCCUCUUCCCAAUGUUAUAUGUUUGGAAACUUAACCAAACAAUUUAAUCUGUGCUGUGCUUUUGUAUAUAAAUGGAAUUGGCCAUGCGGUAAAUAAGGGUCAUUUGCUUGUGUGACUUAAAAUAUAUAUAUAUAAUUUUAUUUAUAAUUUUCAUUUAUAUACAUUUCAACAAAAGUUCAACAAUAAUUCUAUCAUUUCAAAUCUCAACUUCCUUCCUCCUCUUUCUGCGGUUCCUUAAAUUUAUUUUCAUCAUUUCCUACGUAUUCCAAAUUAUCUUAACUUAUUCUUUUAUUAAUCUGUUUUCAUAUAUGCUUUUGAAACUGCAAGUUAUUACAGUAAUCCUGCCAAUGUCUUAAUCUGUUUACAAUUUGUAAAUAUUCAAUAAACCAUUUCCAUUCCCUUAUAAAAAGUUUUUUGUCUUGAUUUCUUAUUCUUCCCAAGUUUCUGUAGCCAUUCUUCUUUCGUCAGGACUUCUUUCCAUUUUGGGGCAAAUAACAUUUUUGCAGUUGUCAUUGCAUACAUAAAUAAAUAUCUGUACUAUUUAGGUAGUUCCACUCUUAUAAUAUCCAAGAGAAAUGUUUCUGUUUUCUUUUAAAAAAUUUUUUAAAAAUAAAUGUUACCUUACCAUAUUUUUCAAUUUGUUACGUAUCAUUUCCCAGUAAGCCCUAACCUUACUACAUAUGAAAAAAUGUGCCUUUGUCUUUACAUUUCCAACACUUACUCAAUUUUGAUUUAUACAUUUUUUGCCAAUCUACUAGGUGUUAGAUAUAACAUUUUUAUGUAAUUUUCUCUUAAACCAUAGCUUGCUGUAAAUUUUAAAUCCAUAGUCCAUAAUCGUUCCCAUGCUUGUAUUUCUAUAUUAUGACCAAUAUCUAUUGCCUAAUGUAUCACUGAAGAUUUCACUUGCUUGUCUUUGUCUCCCAUUCCAAUAAUAUUACACAUUUUAGACAUCACUUUAACAUUACAGUCUAAUGGGUCUCUCUCCAAUUGUAAUAAUUGUUGCCCAAACCCCUGUUUCAUAUCUAUAUUAAAUACUUCAUUCAAAUGAUGGUAUUGUAUCCAUGUUGUUAACAUUCCUGAUAGAUCCUUAAACUCUUUUAAUUUAAAUUCUCCCACCCUCCUCUCUUAAUAAAUUUCUGUAAGUUGCCCAACCUUCCAUCAUAUUCUUCUUCACCGCUAUGGCUUCUAAUGGUGAAAGCCAGAGAUAUUUUAGUCUCCAAUAGAUUUUUGUAUUUAUCUCAUACCCUAUAGAGAUUUUUCCUAAUUAUAUGGUUUGUAAAUCCUAUAGGUACUUUCACCUUUUCAUACCACAAAUAUGCAUGCCAACUAAAAAUAUUAUCAUGACUUUCCAAAUCUAAAAUGUGCAGAUUCUUUAAUAUCAACCAUUCCUACAACCAGCACAGACAAGAUCCUUCAUAAUAUAAUCUCAUAUCCAGCAGGGGAAAACCUCUCUUUUGUAUCUCUCCAUAUUUUAUUCUGUUUUUCCCAUUGCCCGAUAUAUUUAGAAAUGUCUUUUGCCAUAUGUUGAAACAAUCUGUCUUGCCAGUCAGAUUGAUUGAAACAAAAAUAACAUUCUUGGUAAUACAUUCAUUUUUAUAGUCGACACUACCCAGCAAUGCAAGUUUCAUUCUACCCCAUAUUUGCAGGUUUCUUUUAAUAUCCUCCCAUAUUUUCAAAUAAUUUUCUUUAUGCCUAAGGGCAGUAUAAAGAGUGAGAUGCUGGGAAUAAGAAGCUAAGGUGGUGCUUGAAAUUGACAGUGAUAGAGGCUGCUAGAAAUCACAGUUAUAGGGGAUCUGAAAAAUGGGACCAGGAGGAUUUGCUCUUUGAUUCACUGAUUCUCAAACGGCUCCUAACCGAAGAAUGGGAGGCUGUAGCAUCUCUUGCUGCUGAGGAUAGAUGUGUCACAGUGCCCAUUCUACUCAAGGCUUCCUGAAGAUACAACAUCCCUGGUCUUACUGCUCUCUAUUUGUUCAUUAAAAGUCUAGGUCCUUCUAGAACUAGAAUUUCCUUUCCCUCCACCCUGCGCUGGGCCUCUGUGAAUGAAUUCUGUGCUUGGACGUAGAGGGCUUUCUAUCUCUAUUCCUCAACUGUCUUCAGCGCCUGGUGGGAGGAGAGGCUGCUGCCGCCCAGCCCUACAUAAUGCACUGACUCUGAGGGGCAGGCAGAGGGCAAGGACACCCUGGGUGGGAAGAAAGGGGGAGCAGAGCGCAAGGAGUCUUGAUUAUUAUUAUUUUUAACGCUUUGUGUGUCCAUGUCCAGUCUUGCCCCUUUCUAAAAUCUAUUUAUCGCUGUGCAUUUUUCUUUUUGUAAAUUUACCAAAGAAUAAAAUAAAACCGGGAUUAAGGAGUUUUCUGAGGACAGUGAAGGGUGUGUGUGCCGUCCUGUUGGUGUAGUGUUGGUGGCACUUGCCCUUCUCCUGAUAAGAAAUGCUCUUGGGCAGGGGUGAUACACAAAAUGUGGGGUAGAAGAGGGUCAGUUGGACAGGGAGUGAGAAAUGUCCCUGUUUUCAUCUGAAGAAUGUUAGAGGGUAUGACUGCUGUCAGCUUCUGUACAUGGAAUUGGUGAUUGGGUGUGGCAGGGGGGAACCAUCUUAAUCCUUAAAGUAGUUUAAGGGUGCUGGGAAUUGUAGCUCUGUGGGGGGGACUACAAUUCCCAGGAUUCUUUGGGGGACGUCAUGUGCUUUCAGGUUGGGUUGAAUGUGCCUUAAAUGUCUGGUAUGGAUCUUUCCAGAGACGGCACUGGCCCAGGGCAUGUUGCUUUCCUGAGUCGCUACCUAGCAGAGUUGCAACUCAAUACUUCAGAUUAAAUUCCCAGGUUCUUCUGUUCUUGUUUCAAACUAAACAUCUUUCAUCAUGUCAGUUUAAUAGAUCUUAUCAUGCACAUGUUGGUGUCUAAGCCAAUUUGAUUAGGUGGAUUGAACUGUUUGCAUUUCUCUUCCUGCAGCUGCACCUUUCACAGGAGCCUUUUUUAACCCUGCCCUGGCAUUUGCUGUGACUUUUUCCUGUUCUGGGAACAGCUUACCAGAGUAUAUGCAAGUGUAUUGGUUGGGGCCCACGGCAGGUAAGUCAGAUUUCAAGACAGUGGAAGAUACAACUAUGGUUGCAGCUGUGACAAAAUUUUGUAGUACAGACAAAUAACGCCUAAAAUAAUGCCUUUGUGGCUUAGGGCCCUCAUAUCUAUGGGACUGCCUCUCCUGGUAUGCCCCACAGAGGACCUUAAGGUCCAUGAAUAGUUUAGAGAUCCCAGGCCCUAAGGAAGUCAGACUAUCCUCCACCAGGGCCAGGGCCUUUUCAGUGAUGGCUCCGACCUGGUGGAAUGCUCUGUUCCAUGAGACUAGGGCCCUUCAGGAUUUAACCUCCUUCCAUCGGGCCUGUAAGACAGAGCUAUUCCGCCUGACCUUUAAUUUGAAUUCAGCCUGAUCUUUUAUUUCCCUUCUCUUCCCUCCCCCUCCCUUUUUAUGAAGAUCACCCGCUCUGAGACCCCACAGCUAAUUCUCCCCUGGCCGCCUUGUUGGCCCAAGUAGGACCAAUUCAGUUAGCCCUGGGGAUUAUUAUCUAAUUGAUUUUUGAAUUUUAUUGUUAUUCAUGUUUUUAUACUGUAUUUUAUGCUGCUUUUAUAAUUAAGUGUUUUAAAGUGUUUAAAGGUCGGGGUAUAAAUAAAAAUGUAUUAUUAUUAUUAUUAUUUAUUAAAAGGUAAAGGGACCCCUGACCAUUAGGUCCAGUCACGGACAACUCAGGUUGCAGCGCUCAUCUCGCUUUACUGGCCGAGGGAGCUGGCGUACAGCUUCUGGGUCAUGUGGCCAGCAUGACUAAGCUGCUUCUGGCGAACUAGCUUUAUUUUGAUUUAUUUGGUGUUAUUCUAAGGCCCAGGUAGUUUAUAUCUGACUGUAAUUUAUCUCACUGAAACAAGUGGGUCCCAACUAGACUAGUGGGGGAUCACUAUAAUUUUUUUUAAAAAGUUUUUGUAAAUGGCUGCAGACAUUUUGGGAGGUGGGGCAAAGUAGCAGGAGUAGAAAAUUGAAAGAAGUUGGGAGAUGCAUCUCAAGCAGUCAGAUCGGAUGAGUUUGAACAUUUCCAGGAAGCUAGCAAUGCAUCUUUUGAACUACAUCCCCCUAAUUCCUGGGAAAGAGAAGACAAACUCCAUUAGUAGUAGGAAUGAAUGGAUCCAUCAGUUUUGGUUCUGUCAGUUUUUAAUUUUUCCAGAUUUAAAUUCAGUCCUCCACAAUUCUGAAGCCAUUUGUGAAUUUCUGACCCUGAACAUGGGAAUUUUUCAGCUGCUUUGGAAACAUUAAAUUAAGAUGUUGUGUGUGUGUGUAUAUAUACAGGCUUGCUCUUAACAAAAACUAGCAAUCAGCAAAUGAAACAAAGUUGGUUUUGUAGCCAUAAAAAAGUAUUAUGUUUAUUUAUUUAAGGAGGUGGAAUGAUUAAAAAAAAAUGGUUUUUUAAAAAAGUUGGGGAGCAGUGGGGUGUGUUUGUGCCAGAGAUGGGACUUUGAAAAGUUUGAAGACUACUGCUUUAAAACAAGUUAAAACAUAGAAGCUACAAUUAAAAUCCUGCUGCCUACCAGCUAAAUUCUGACUUCCAAAUGCCGAGAAUGAAAUUCUAUAUGUUAUGAGGCAGCCACAGUCAUGAACAUGUAACAGAGCAUGACCCAGAAAUCUUCAUCAUUCUUCCCCAGCCUGCAGCCUCUGCUCUCUUCCCCUUAUUUAGGGCUGACCAAACAUAAACACUGAUCACCAUGAUCACUGCAGAUGGUGACAGCAGUCACAAAAUUAAAAGAUGCCUGCUUCUUGGGAGAAAAGCAAUGACAAACCUAGACAGCAUCUUAAAAAGCAGAGACAUCACCUUGCCGACAAAGGUCCGUAUAGUUAAAGCUAUGGUUUUCCCAGUAGUGAUGUAUGGAAGUGAGAGCUGGACCAUAAAGUAGGCUGAUUGCCGAAGAAUUGAUGCUUUUGAAUUAUGGUGCUGGAGGAGACUCUUGAGAGUCCCAUGGACUGCAAGAAGAUCAAACCUAUCCAUUCUUAAGGAAAUCAGCCCUGAGUGCUCACUGGAAGGAUAGAUCCUGAAGCUGAGGCUCCAGUACUUUGGCCACCUCAUGAGAAGAGAAGACUCCCUGGAAAAGACCCUGAUGUUGGGAAAGAUUGAGGGCACAAGGAGAAGGGGGAGAGAAGGGGACAACAGAGAACGAGAUGGUUGGACAGUGUUCUCGAAGCUACGAACAUGAGUUUGACCAAGCUGUGGGAGGCAGUGGAAGACAGGAGUGCCUGGCGUGCUCUGGUCCAUGGGGUCACGAAGAGUCGGACACAACUAAACUAUUAAACAGCAACAGCAACAAAACAUAAACAGCAUUGUUCUGUUCUGCCUUGAAGGUCUUUGCAAGUUUAUAGUUCUUAUCUUAAUUGCCAGCAAUGUUGUCUUAGAAAGUCUUUGACAAAAUCAACAUACUGUUUUCUAAAACGAAAGCAAACUAAUAUAAUGAAAUAAAAAAUGAAUGGGGACAAAAUGGCAGUUCAGAAAGAUUUAUUUCUCUUCUCUAAUUCAAGAUAAGAUGUGUUUGAUGCCCCAUUAGGUUCUUCUAAUCUGGAGCAAGCUUGCCUAUAGUGAAGGUGCCCUUGUAUGAAGGCCUCAGAGUCUUUUCACAAAUAGUUGCAAUCCCUGCAGGUUUUAUCAGGUCAUUCUAGCAAUAAGCUGAUCAGACUUUUUGUGAAGACUGAUUAAGUCUUCCUUGUUAUUGACUCUCUUUCAGGGAUGCUGGUAGCUCUGUUCGUGUAUCGGGGGAACAUCCCACGACUCUUUCAGACAAACCUGUUGUACAGUCAAAAGAACAAAUACAGGAUCCCCAAGGGAAAAGCAAUUUCAGUGUCUGGUGCUGAACAAAGACCGCCAAAAACACAGAAAGCGACCAGCUGCUCAGGACCAUCUGACAGAACAGAGUGA